AUAGUUCAUAGAUGCUUCUCAGUUUCUCAACUGUCUAUCUCCGAUGAUGCCGUUAUUUGUUAUUAGCAAAUAGGUUAAAAAUGGUUAUAAGAAAGAAACAGCACUCUGACAUUUUUAUGCUAUAAAAUAGAUGAGAAAUGAUUGAAUUGUAUUCUACCUCAUAAAUACUUUGUUGAUAUCUAGAAGUUAAAUUGCGUUUGUAAUUUUUUUCUAGUUAUUUCCUCACAAGCAUAGAGAGGAAGAAAGAAUGGAUACAGGAAAUUGCUCAUUGACUGAAUUUAUUCUUGUGGGAGUUACCAAUAAUGCUGAAAUGAAAGGGACAUUUUUUGCCGUAUUUCUACCCAUCUAUCUCAUCAAUCUUUUGGGGAAUCUUGGUAUGAUAAUUUUGAUCAGAAUUGAUUCACAGCUCCACACACCUAUGUAUUUUUUCCUGAGCCACCUCUCUUUCUGUGAUCUCUGCUAUUCCACAGCAAUUGGCCCCAAGAUGCUGGUAGAUAUAUUUGGCAAGAACAAGUCAAUUCCCUUCUGGGGCUGUGCUAUUCAGUUCUUCAUUUCCUGCACCUUUGCAGAUUCUGAGUGUGUACUGCUGGCAGUGAUGGCCUAUGAUAGGUACCAGGCCAUUAGCAACCCCUUGCUCUACACAGUGAACAUGUCGAACAGGUUGUGUUCCAUGCUCAUGGCUGGGGUUUACCUGGUGGGAACAUCUGAUGCUUUGAUACAUACAACUUUGGCAUUCCGUUUAUGUUUCUGUGGAUCCAAUGAAAUCAACCAUUUCUUCUGUGAUUUACCUCCACUUUACCUUCUUUCCUGCUCAGAUACUCAAAUAAAUGAGUUGGCAUUAUUCACUAUUUAUGGUUUCCUUGAACUGAGCACCAUAUCAGGAGUCCUUGUUUCUUACUGUUAUAUCAUCUCAUCAGUCUUAAAAAUCCACUCUGCUGAGGGGAGGUUCAAAGCUUUCUCCACCUGCACCUCACACUUGACCGCAGUUGCUAUUUUUCAAGGAACUCUACUCUUCACAUAUUUUCGUCCAAGUUCUUCUUAUUCCCUUGAUCAAGACAAGAUGACUUCUCUAUUUUACACUCUUGUAAUUCCCAUGCUGAACCCACUGAUUUACAGCCUGAGAAACAAGGAUGUAAAAGAAGCUUUGAAGAAAAUUAAAAUAAAUAGAUGGUUUUAAAUAUUUCUUCAGAAUCAUCACCACAUUUCUUCAUUCACAUGCAGUUUUAGCUAUUCGCCAUGUUUUCCAGGCUGGCUUUGAA